UCCUCUGGGCACGCAUGCGCCCCUCCGGGGCUUCAGAGCCUCGCCCACUUCCUCCGUUGCGCGCGCGCGCGCGGGCGGGCGGGCAGUUUGAAAGCAAUGGCGGAAUCGGACCCUUUGGAGACUACCUUCCAGAGGUCCUUACACAUUCAGAAGCUGAAGGCCCGGGAAGUUACGGAGGAGGACGUCCUGCGGUGUAUGCAAAAACAGUCGAAGAUCAUCAACGGGCCCGGAACUGGCAAUGACCUGGACGCGCGGCGGCAGGAGAUGCCGUGCGUAUUCCUGUGCUCCCGCUGCCAGCGGCCCCUGGGGGACUCGAUGAGCUGGGAAGGCACGGACUUUGACGGCAACUGCUUCUUCCUGAGCGCAGUCUCAGCUAAUGUUUAUGUGGAUAAAGAACAGAAGCUAUCCACUAGAAAAAAUGAAUAUGGCUGCAUGAUUGAGACUUUGAGUUGUAAUGGAUGUUCACUGAAUGUUGGCCAAAUAUACAGAUGUACACCCAGACAUCUUGAUUAUAAGCGAGACUUGUUUUGCUUCGAUGUUUCAUCAGUUGAUGGUUAUAUUCUAGGUUCUGCUGAAAAUGAAGCUAUGCCUGAAGAUGAAGAGCCUGUAACUCUUGAUAAGCAAGAUGUAAUGGAAAGCCUUUUAAAGAAGCUGCAAGUUAUCAUGCAUGGAUUGGAGCUAAGGGUGUCCCUGGUUGAAUCAAUUGUUUCAGGUCUUUGUGACACAACAUGAAAGAAAUUUCCCUUUAUUAUUAUUUUUUUACUACUACUUUUUCCCCCUUUGUGUGUAUUGUAAUUUGUUGGUAUAGCGUUUUAGCAGGAGUUACAAGUGCUCAAGGUAAUGUUAUCCCCAAGUUAUAUUAGUGAAAAGAUCUUAAUCAAUUUUAUAACUAUUGAUGUUAUUUUAUAACUUAAUUAUGGGGUAAAAGUUUCUCUUUUUUGAAUUACAGUGCUAAAAUUAUGUUUAUAAAAUGUCACUUCUAGAAACUUCUAAAGUGUGGAAUUUAAGAAUUUAUUAUGGAUUCCUUGCCCUUUUCUCCUUUGUAUCAUUUUUAUAUUCCUUGACCUCAUCUUGCUUAUACUUUUUGUUGUCUGUUCAUCUUAAUAUCUGAUUGUUAGUUUGACAAGAGGUGGGGGAGUGGGGGAAAGCAUGUUAUAGAAAAAUCAAGUUUGGCUAUUAUCAUGAACAAAUAAAUUCUUUAUGACAGCUUUUGAGUAUGUUGGUCACAAUUUAAAUUUAGUUGGAAUUUAGAUUUUUUUUUUCUUAUGAUAAGUUAGAAUGUUCUUUGGAAUUAACAUUAUGAAAUUUUUAAAUCAUUAGUUUCAUGUAGAAACAUUGAUUGAAUUAUGUAUCAUUGCCAUUUCAAAAUAGGUGGAAAAUAUGUUCACAAAGUUAAGUGUAGGAGUAUGAGCAGAAAUCCUAGUCAAAAAGUAUUUGCUGAUCAUUUUCCAUGUGCAGAAUGCUCUGCUGGCUGAUAUUACUGCCAAAUUAAAGUUCCCUGAGGUAUCAGUACCAUUGUCUGAUUAAUGAAAGUUUCUUUGCAUGAAUAAAGUCCAGAAA